UUUCAGUAUGGAAAUUUUCUUGGCAUGAAAAAACUAGCUUCUUGUAUCUUACAAAAGAAGAACAAAUCGAGUAAAAAUAUGGAUUUCACUAAGAGCACCUUUAGAGUUUACGAGAUUGUUCAACCAUCCGAAACGUUGGUACAGAAAGAAAAAUAUGACCAGAUCAAGCUUCAACUUCCUGGGUUCAAGAAGGAAGAUAUAAGGAUCAAGUUUAGCAAUAACACUACCUUGGAAGUCAGUGGUGAAAGGCUCAUGGGAAAUAAGAAGUGGAGUAGUUUUAAAAAGGAUUACUUGACUCCGGAAAAUUGCCUCACUGAUGAAAUUCGAGCAAGUUUCGAUGAUGGGUUUCUUCGUAUUACAUUGCCAAAGAAAAUUGUUACUAGUGAUACUACUAGUGCUGAAAUUGUUGAUGAUGAUUCCCUGAAAGAAGAGGAGAAGAAUUUUUUUACUUUUGAAGUGAUUGCUGAUAGUAUCAGUGAAGUUGAAAAGAACAAAGAAAGUUCUACUAAUUCCACCAUCACUAAUAUGACUGACGAUGCAAAGUCGAUCACUGAUGAAACAGAGAAAGAUGCAGAACAUUUUCAAAAUCAAGGGAAGGAUUAUGUUGAUGGCGUCAAAGAGAUGAAGCAAGACGAGAUUGAAGAUGCAAUGAGUCAGAAUGAUUUUGCUGAGGAAUAUGCUAUUGCGAGUAAGAUACUUGAAACAGAUGAUAUGACUGAAUAUGCAGUAAGUCAAUAUGAGCUGGUUCUGAACAUGUGUGCGGCUGGUUUUGUCAUUCUGAUGCUUGUGUCUUGUGCAACAUGAAGCAAAAUUCAUAUGCAGCUUAGUUGGAUUAUUAU